AUGGCAGCAGCGCCGGCAUACCCAACCGCUGCCGCCAUCCUGUCGCCCCCAAACAGUGCCGACACGCUCUCCAUGUUCACGCCUCACGACGACGACGCGCAAACCAAAGAGGACUUCAUUAAUUCGCACCCGCUCACUGCCUCGCUCCGUGAAUCCCCUGCCCUCAUCGAGUCCCGCCCACACAUGAAAAUACCUCCGUCGUGGCGGAAGCAUAACCUGACUGGCGGUACUCUCGUCGGCCCGGGAAAGGUGACGAUACCACCUUUCAGCUGGUCUGCACAGGACGGCAGCAGCUACGUACAAAUCAGCCAUGUUGGGACAGAUCUAUGUGGACACAUGGGCAUUAUCCACGGAGGCUUCCUGGCCACGAUGCUUGACGAGGGGCUUGCGAGGUGCUCCUUUCCAGUUCUACCAUUCAACGUUGGCAUGACCGCCAAGCUGGACAUCAACUACAAAGCACCAGCUAUAGCCGACCAAUACCUGGUGCUACGCGCCAAGACCAUCAAGGUGGAAGGGAGAAAAGCCUGGGUUGAGGGCCAUAUCGAGACGCUUCCUACCGAAGAGGGACAGCAACCUGUGAUAUUGGCCACAGCAACUGCUCUCUAUGUCUCUCCAAAGCAGGCGGCGCUUGGUAACAGCAACAUUACCUGGCAUCCAUCGCUCUCGCGGCAUGAACGCAAUCAAUUGCGCGGCCAGCGCGGCUUCACAAUCUGGUUCACCGGCUUGUCGGCCUCGGGAAAGUCAACAGUUGCGACUGCUCUCGAACAGCACUUGCUCCACCUUGGGGUGGCUGCCUACAGGCUGGACGGCGACAAUGUGCGCUUUGGGUUGAACAAGGAUCUGGGAUUCUCGGAAAAGGACAGGAACGAGAAUAUUCGCCGUAUCGCUGAGGUCGCAAAGCUCUUCGCCGACUCGUCCACUGUCGCGCUGGCGUCCUUCAUCUCGCCCUACCGGGCCGACAGGCAAGUUGCACGGGACUUGCAUACCAAUGCGUCGCCGGCGGGAGACGACGGUCUGCCUUUCAUAGAAGUAUUCGUCGACAUCCCUCUUUCAGAGGCCGAGAAGAGAGAUCCCAAGGGUCUAUACAAGAAGGCCCGUGCGGGCGAGAUUAAGGAUUUUACGGGUAUAUCGGCUCCCUACGAAGCACCUGAGUCGCCCGAGAUCACAAUUCGUACAGACAAGCUCAGCGUGGAGGAGUGUGUAAUUAAGAUAGCAGACUACUUAAGGGAGAGGGAUCUGAUCGGCGAGAAUAAGGCUAACUAG